AUGAAAUACAUCUCCAUUCCUGGUCAUCCCGCACCCCUUCCAUUAGAGGUCGGCCUGUUGGUCCUUGCUAACAGGGGCCCCAAAGUUCCAGAGAUCAUUGAGCUGCUGGACUGGCAGGACCAACCUGACCAAUACAUCAUGAUCUUGGAGCGUCCCUCACCCUGCCAAGAUCUCUGGGAUUUUUUGGAGCGUCACGGCGGCACUCUCAAUGAGGACACAGCACGGUAUAUAAUGACACAGACAACAAUGGCCGCUCACAUGUGCUGUUCCCGUGGAGUUUUCCACCGAGACAUUAAGUUGGAGAACCUGCUAAUAAACACAGACACACUUGAGGUCAAACUGAUCGACUUCGGGUGUGGGGAUCUCCUGCAAGAAUCUAGAUAUGAAAGAUUCUGUGGCACUCAAGAGUACUGUCCACCUGAGUACUUCACAGAGGGCAAGUACCACGGUAAACCAGCUACUGUGUGGUCUCUGGGAGUGCUCUUAUUCUUGCUGGUGUGUGGACGCUUUCCAGAACCCAGAGAUUUGCAGAGGAUUGAUGAAGACGUCUGGUUUGAACUUGGCUUGUCAAACGAAUGCUGCCAUCUGAUUCGAUCCCUCCUGCAGAAAAACCCAAGCUGGCGGAUUGAUUUGAAGAAAAUCAUUUUCCAUGAAUGGUUUAUGGUAUUGAGCCUAAGAUCAGCUACAAAUGAUUUUGAAGAU